UCCCCAGCAUAUAAAGAAGAAAUUUGGUAUAAAUUGUGGUAUAUUUUGCCAUUUUAUACACUCUUCUAGUUUUAGUCAGCGCAAGCGGGAAGACAUUACCAGGUCACGAUGCGUGCUUUCACUCUGUGCCUCUUGGCCUGUAUGGCCGUCUCAGCCUACGGCAUCGCCUCCUACAACACCGCUACAGAGAAGAUCGAGAACCGAUAUGUAGUGGCAAUUAAGGAUGACAUCGAAGUAGGUGAUUUUGCUGAUCGUCUCCAGAAGGCUCUUAACACUCGUCGAUUCAAGCUUGGUAAGGUCCUCAAAGUCUUCCGUGCUGUCAAGGCUCUCUCUCUUGAACUCAGCGAUGAGGCCGUCGACUUCGUUCGUCGCUUUGAUGGAAUCGUAACCGUUGAGGAGGAUGGUGUUGUCCGUGCCCAGGCUGUCUCUUCAUGGGGUCUUGAUCGUAUUGACCAGAGGGAUCUUCCUCUUGAUAACACCUACAACUCAAUUAACGACGGAUCAGACGUCAACGUAUACGUCGUCGAUACUGGUAUCUGGAACACCCACAACGACUUCGGAGGGCGUGGCUCCAUCUUCUAUGAUGCUCUUGGAGGCGAUGGUGUUGACUGCAACGGACACGGAACUCACUGUGCUGGUACCGUCGGAGGAACCGAAUACGGAGUGGCCAAGAAUACCAACCUCUUCGGCGUCCGUGUACUGAGCUGCCUCGGAUCUGGAUCAUACAGCGGCAUCGUUGACGGUAUGGACUACAUUGCCACGUAUGGUAGCAAGCCAGCUGUUGUAUCUAUGUCUCUUGGAGGAGGUGGAUCUGCCCUUAUUGAUCAGGCUGUCAGGACUCUGUACCGCAACGGCUUCGUGGUCUCCGUAGCAGCCGGAAACAGUGACGACAACUCAUGCAACUAUUCCCCCGCUCGUUCCGGCUAUGCCGUAACAGUUGGAGCCACCGACAUUAAUGACGCCCGUGCCUAUUUCUCCUGCUACGGCUCCUGUGUAGACAUCUGGGCUCCUGGUGUGGACAUCACCUCCACCUGGAUCCGCUCCGACAGUGCCACCAACACCAUCAGCGGUACCUCCAUGGCCUGCCCACACGUCUCAGGUGUUAUCGCUUUGAUGCUCCAGGAAAGCCCCAAUGCCUCCCCAGCCUCUGUCACUAGCGCCCUCCUCGGCAAUGCUUCUGCAAACAAGAUCAGUGACGUCAGGGCUCUCUCUCCAAACCUCCUCUUAUAUACCAACUAAUACCCGAUCCGCCCCAUUUGUUAGAUUAUUUUACUAACUAUCUGCCAGAAUCUGUUUGGAUAUGUUUAAAUGCUAUAAUAAAUGC